CUCCCCUCACAAUGGUUAAACCCUAGCUAGCUAGCAUCCCAUAAGCAUCAUCGAUCACCUGCCACAAAUGGUUCGCUUGCAGUCUGUACGUGUUAGGGAAGAGAAAACGAGGCUCUAACAGGAAUCGGCUGAAGAGAUCGAUCGAGCUUGCAGGUAACCAAUUCAAGAGUAUUUUUUCAGUUUCUUGCAUUCGGAACUGUGACCAUGUUUCCGGUUUUCCUCAUCGCCCCCGCUGCUCUUGGCGUACUCACCACUAUUAGUCGCCAGUCACCAUAGCCACUUUUAAGAAGAUCAACAACAAUCGUUUGUCCUUCAAACAGAUUUGAAGAGGUGAAAACAUGUAUCAAUGAUGUGAAGGAGCUUGUGAUGUUGAUUCUUGAAGCUGUUAAAAAAAGUCAAGAAAGCUCUCAUGUGCAUAAAGAAGUUUGUACAGCUUUGCAAUGAUGUCUUGUAUUAUAAAAAGCUUGCCAAAGAACUUAGAAAAACUCACAUUACAUCUUCAAGAAUCCAUUGGUUAGCAUCAGAAAACACCAACAACUUAUGCCAUACAACAUUUUUUGUAGAUUCUGUUGCUGUUGUUGCUAUUCUAUUCAACACUAUAGUAGCACUAAUUGAACCAUAAUCUGGAGAGAGGCAAGCAAGAGGCGAAAUGAAUGGAGUGUGAAAGAGUUCUUUUUAAUGGUUUUUAAUAUGAGAAAAGAAAGGAGGAUCAGGAGAGAAAUGGUGGGAUUAGAAAUGGCUAGAAAUAAGUGUUGGAUAAACCAAGUUGGUGUUAAGAGAUAUUACACACUCUUCUCCUAACUUGGGGUUGAAUCUAGUAUUCAAAUAAGAUAUAACACACUUAUUUAAAUAACUAGAACCUAAAACUCACACUUAAGGUAACCACCCUUAAGAUAUAGAAUUAGGGGUUUAAAAUAGCAAACACAUAAGUGUAUUACUGAUGGAAAUUUCAGAUUCAAAAAAGUGAGUUACAACAAUGGCCAAUGGCCGAUAUAAAUAAGCAAGCAAGAAAGGGGAAACUACCAAGUUCUUUCCUUAACAAAUCUUUGACAAUAAUAAUCAAAUAUGGAGUCCUUUCAUGGGGGAUGAAUCAGGGAUUUUGUGGGGGUGUUGGGUGACAUUAGUUUGUGGUUUUUGAUGGGGAAAUAUUAAGGGAUGUGGGCUGUGUUUCUAGGCUGGGCUGGUUUGGCCAUAUUAGGGGGCAAACGGUGACUGAUUUGGGACUUGAUUUGGCUCUAUAUUGAUGUGAAUAUUUAGUGGUUGGGGAGGGACUUCAUUUGGCCAGGUUUGGGAACAAUGGGUAGUGAGAAUGGUUGGGUUAUUUGGU